AUGACAUGUCAUCAUAGGCAAUUCCCCAAAUCACAAGCCAUUUUCAUUCUCUCUCUGAUGUGGCGUGGUAUGCGGAUUUUCAUUACGCUGCUGGGCAUUUUUAUGCUCAGCUCCUUGAUCUGUGCCUUAGCAUCCAGCUCGAAAAUGCUCAUUGUUGCACGGGCAUUGGCAGGCAUCGGAGCUUCAGGUAUCCAAAAUGGUGCCUUGACGAUUAUUACCAGAUCCCUUCCACCGAAGAAACAAGCACUUGCUCAGCUCGGCCUUGUCCUCGGACCGUUGAUUGGAGGAGCGCUAACGGAAUAUGUAUCCUGGCGAUGGUGCUUCUACAUCAAUCUUCCAAUCUGCGCCGUCAUUACUCUUGUCUUGCUUUUCGUCACUAUCCCAGAACCGAAAUCUACCAAUGAUCAUCUCCCAACCAUCCAAAUCAUCCGAGAGAAAUUAGAUCUGAUUGGAUUCUUCAUUUUCGCACCAGCCAUCAUCCAGCUCCUCCUGGCACUCGAUUACGGUGGAAACCAAUAUCCUUGGGAUAGCUCCACUGUCAUUGGUCUUUUUUGCGGCUCAGCCACCAUGUUCAUCUUGUUUCUGACAUGGGAGUACCGCACCGGUCCAGAGGCCAUGUUCCCUCUUCACAUGGUCUCUCAAAGAAUAGUCGCUUGCUCCUGUCUCUUUAUGUUAUUCCUCGGGGGGAUGAACGCCUGCGCAACAUAUUAUCUUCCUCUUUACUUUCAAGUGGUGAAGGGGGUGUCUCCGAUGAUGAGUGGUGUUUCUACGCUCCCAGGCAUCAUCAGCCAGUUGAUUCUUGUUAUUCUCUCUGGGUUUCUGGUGAGAAAGGUGGGCUACUAUCUUCCGUUUAGUAUCAGUAGCGCGGGACUAUUAUCACUUGGAAACGGGUUGCUAUCUCUCUUAUCAUCGUCUACUCCAACAAGAACAUGGGUUGGAUACCAGAUCCUGAUCGGAGCUGGGCGGGGUCUUGGUACUCAAGCGCCCCUCAUUGCCGUCCAAAACAUCCUCCCCAAAGCCGAAACCUCCAUCGCCCUGUCUCUCCUCUUCUUCAGCCAAACUCUUGGUCAGGCGAUAUUCCUGACUCUGGGCCAAGUCAUCUUCAUCAACAGCUUGAAGUCCGGGCUUGCGGUAUACGCUCCGUCCGUGGAUUCCGGGGCCGUGGUUUCUGCUGGGGCUGGAGCGAUCCGGAGCCUAGUUUCAAAGGAUAGACUGGCAGGGGUGUUGAUGGCUUAUAGUAAGGGGAUAGACCAUGUCUUUUAUUUGUCGGCUGGUAUAGGCGUCGGCUGCUUUUGUGUGGCGUGGGGGAUGGGGUGGAAAAAUAUAAGAAAGCGACAAGCCACUGGGGAUGAGGAGAGGUGCAGAUAG